GAUUUGUAGGCGAGAAUUAACAAACGAAAAUAGAGGAUUUGUGGAAAAGGUGGAAAAUCAAAGAAAAAUUCUGUGAAAAUUUUUCAAAUAUGUCCCUGUAGACGCGUGCAGUGUGAAGUGCUGUAUGUUCAGUUGCGGAAGACUCAAAGUGCUGGAUAAGAUGUUUGGGAGACUUUCAGAUGCCCUCCAGAGUGCUGCGGAUGUGUUGGCACCACCACCGACUCCACAACAAGAUUUUGAGUAUCACUGGCGGAUAGUGAGGAAUUUCUAUGCAGAUGAUAGGGACCUACCCAGGGUACACAUUACCAAUACAAAUGUCCCUGUUCACCUGGAAGAAAUGCUUCAGAUCCUUGUGAAGGAGCAGUCUCCAGAUGCAGAGAAAGACGUCCAGAAGUCUCGAGAGUGUCUUGAGUACAUGCUGGAGACAAACCCACUGGAUUUUCUUGCAGAACGUGCAAUUUUGGAUGCCCCUCCGGGAAUUAGAGUUCACAUUCUGUCAUGGAUUCGACGAUUCCUCUCGUGUCUCGAUGAUCCACCCAUAAAUCACAGCAGUGUCUUUCUUCCACUGCAGAAACUCCUGACACUGUGCAAUGGAAAUGGGUCACCGUAUGAGAAGGAAGAGAUUCUCCUUCUGAGCACCGUGGCUGCCCUAGUCCGGAAGAAUCCGUCUUAUGUUAAUUUAUUCCUGCCAUCGCAUCAGCAUUUAGUUCCGCUUACAUCAACCCUCAGGGGGAUGUCCCCAACAAAGACACCAGUUAGGAAUCCUCUGUUUGAUUGCUCAAAGGAAUCAAAGAGGAUUUCCCUUGUGCCAGAAGAACCCACAGUGUCCACCACGAGUGAUAACACACCAAAUGGUCAGCCAGAACAGGCAGACCAGCCAGAUCCAGAAGUCUGUGAUAGUAAUUCGAGUCAUCGCGAUAGUGUGUCAAGUUCCAAAGCACCCCCCUUCACCUGUGAUUGUGACGAUAAAGAGGAUCGUUUCACACUCUUGGAAACCAUAAUGCUGUACCUAGACAGUCCGGAUCAUACAAUUGUAGUACGUGCCGGUGAGGCAGCCCUCAUUCUGACUUCCCUCCCUUCAAUUGAUCUCUCCUGUUGCGCCAUGAAGGGUAGCCUCGAUGACUUUGGAACGUACCUUAUGGAAAAAGUGUGGUAUCUCUGCCAGAGAAUUCCUGAGGAUAUGAAUCCUGAAGAUAUUGAGGAUGCCAAUGUCUCUUGGGGGCUCAAUCCACGUGAUUCAGACGCCCCGGAAUUCAUAGGACGCCCCCAGCUGGUGGAAUUUCUCGCAUGGCUCGACUAUGCUGAUUGCGUAUCGAAAGAAUGUGAAAAUCUUCAUCCCCAUUUGGGUGAUAAAUUCCGCAAUUUGGUACUGGAGUAUUACAUUGAACCAUCGCUUCUGGAUGCAAAUGCACCCUUUAUGCUUCUCCUAAUGGCCAAAAUUGUGCGUCAAAUUCACUCACCGGCAUUUUUAAAUGAAAUCGCCACGUGGCUCGUGGCUGAAGAGAAUAUCUCUGAUAUUGUCGGGGGAGACUGCCUCCUGACCAUUCUCAUUGAUAAUUGCCAGUACAACACUCACCUUGUUUUCCACACACUCCUCUUUGUCGAAUCCCUACUUGAUAAUCCCAAUGAGAGAAUUCUCCAUGCGAUGCUCUUUUGCUACCUAAAUCGUCGGGGAUAUUGCGAUCCAACGACUCAGACGACCCAGACGUGGUCAGAUGAGGAGGAUGAGCGUCAAAAGAGACGCGGAAGUGCCACAAUUGCCAUCAAAUCGCGUACACUGGCACCCAGUAAUAUUAUGAAGAUCAUCAAUUGUUUCCUUCUCUUGCUACCGCGACAAAUGGUCAAUGAGGGUGUUGGCACGUGCUAUGAGGAAUACAUGAAGGAUGCCAAUCAGCACUACAAGACUUGGAUAAAAAAGACAGAAAACUUCAAUUGGCCCAUUGAGGCAAUCUUUCCGGACAAGGAGGAUGCAACACCCGAAUGCAUCUCACCCAUUUCGGGAGCUGUUGUACCCUCACGUGGACCAAAGAGGGAAUCCCAGUGCAAUGACAGUGGUAUUUCCGAGGAGAAUUUCUACGAAGGACCUCUCCUGAAGCUCCUCUUCAGGCACAUUCGUUGCAUGCCAACACAACCGUAUGAAUUCAACCUUGGAAUUAUUGCUGUAAUGUCGAAACUUGCUCUCCUUCCACAUCCCUAUCUUCAUGAAAUUCUCCUAAAUCCGGAAAUUUCUGUGGCACCUGGAGCAUCAACACUUUGGUCGGUGCUACAAGAUGUAGCCAGGCAGCUACUCCUUGAAAUUCCACGCAUUGAGGGCUUUCAGGAGAAAAUAGCUCAAACAGAGGAGAGACUUCUAACUAAUCCACCACUAAUUAGUGAACCUUCCGAUAGGAAUGAAAUGCUUUUCGAAGCCAUUGUCGUCCUGAAGGAGUUCUGCAAGGAAUUAGCUGCAAUCGCCUUUGUAAAGUACAAUAGAUCAACUGAAUAAUGUUUACUUCAUUGCACGUGUGACGUGCUAAAAGAUAAUAUUAUUUGUAUCAUUCAUACUUUUGAGAAAUACAUCAAUUUCAUUCGUUUAUAAGGAGAGGGCGGGGCACUUUAAGAUGUACGUAUUGUAGGUAAAUAAAAGAUUUAUGUUUAA